AUGGCACCCACCAAGCUCCUCCUGACCGGGGCAACAGGCUACAUCGGAGGUACUGUCCUUACGCAGCUACUGGAUUCGGCUUCUCCCGAGAUCAAAAAAUUGGCCAUCUCAGUCCUGAUUCGGAAGAAGGAUCAGGCCGCCAUCUAUGCUUCCAAAGGCGUGACUCCUCUCAUUUUCAAUGGGUUGGAAGCGACAGAAGAUCUCCGGGAUAUAGCUAGUGGCCAUGACAUCAUCAUUCACGCCGCGGACUCAACGAGCCCUGCAGCAGUCGAGGCUUUGAUUCUGGGGCUUGCAUCUAGCCAGGAAGUUAGCAAACCCAAAUAUCUUCUUCAUGUCAGCGGAACAUCUAGCCUAGGCGACAGGCCGAUCACAAAACAGAUCCAGGAGCCGACAGUAUUCUCGGACAAAGAGGACAUAUAUAGCUACCUCAAGGAAAGAGAAGCUAUUGAUCCUUAUCCUCAGCGCGCCACCGAUAUUAAGACCGUUGAGGUCGGAGAGCGUGCUGGUAUCAACACCCUGGUUGUGAAAGCCCCCCUUAUUUAUGGUAGGGGCACGGGGUUGUUCAAUCGCAAGUCCUUUCACAUUCCUGCUCUUAUUCAAGGUGCUGUCGCAGCUGGAAAUGCCGAACAUAUUGGCGAAGGAACUGGGGUGUGGGAUUAUGUUCACGUUGUUGAUCUCGCUGGGCUUUUUGAACUUCUUGUAGUCCACAUCUUGAGGGGGGGAGGUCUUUCCACUGGACGGACAGGUAUUUACUUUGCUGAAACCCAGAGGCAUUCCUGGAAGGAUUUGGCAGACGCCAUAGCGAAGGCUGGUUACAGCCUUGGGCGCCUGACCUCGCCUGUGUCAAAGUCAAUUAGUCUACAGGAAGCAGCCGACAAAUAUACUGGCGGAGAUGAGAGUUUAGCCGAGGUUGGGCUGGCAUCGAAGUAUGAACCCCCCAUCAAGUUAUUUGUCACACGGGCUGAUGCGUUUUUCCUUAGCUCUCUGACAUCCGCUCAACUGGGUCGAGAACUUGGUUGGAAACCAGAGGUUGGGAUUGAGCUUCAGCAGGCUGUUCUGGAUGAUUUUACCCUCCUGUUUGGCCACUCAUAG